UGGCCUUGGGCGUGUGCGCGGCUGACCUUAUGGUGUAAAAAAUAAAAGCUUCUCUCGGCAGCCCGGCGUCAGCUGUGGAGUGCAGACAUGCCGAACCGGUGGUUCCACCCCAACAUCUCGGGCAUCGAGGCGGAGCUGCUGCUGAUGGAGCGAGGCUUCGACGGCAGCUUCCUGGCCAGGCCGAGCCGCAGCAACCCGGGGGACCUCACGCUCUCCGUCAGGAGGAACGGCGAGGUGACGCACAUCAAGAUCCAGAACACCGGCGACUUCUACGACCUGUACGGCGGCGAGAAGUUCGCGACGCUGUCGGAGCUGGUGCAGUACUACACGGAGAACCAGGGCCAGCUGCGCGAGAAGUCGGGGGAGCUGAUCGAGCUGCGCUGCCCGCUCAACUGCAGCCAGCAGCCGGAGGCCGCUGCGUCCUGCACCGAGCGGUGGUUCCACGGGCACCUGUCGGGCAAGGAGGCGGAGAAGCUGAUCCUGGAGAAGGGCAAGAACGGCAGCUUCCUGGUGCGCGAGUCGCAGAGCAAGCCGGGGGACUACGUGCUGUCCGUGCGCACCGACGACCGAGUCACGCACGUCAUGAUCCGCUGCCAGGACGACACCUACGACGUGGGCGGGGGCGACCGGUUCGAGACCCUGUCGGACCUCAUCGAGCACUACAAGCGCAACCCCAUGGUGGAGACCAGCGGCACCGUCGUCCACCUCAAGCAGCCCUUCAACGCGACGCGCAUCAACGCCAGCGGCAUCGAGAGCAGAGUCCGCGAGCUGCAGAAGGAGAACGGGCAGUCGACGGGCAAGGCGGGCUUCUGGGAGGAGUUCGAGUCGCUGCAGCAGCAGGAGUGCAAGCACCUCUUCUCCCGCAAGGAGGGCCAGAAGCCCGAGAACCGGAACAAGAACCGCUACAAGAACAUCUUGCCCUUUGACCACACGCGGGUGAAGCUGAGGGACGUCGAUCCGAGUGUCCCCGGAUCUGAGUACAUCAACGCCAACUACAUUCGGCCGGAUGACGAGGCGGGCGACUCGGGGUGCGGGCGGUGCUACAUCGCUACGCAGGGCUGCCUGCCGGCCACGACGGGCGACUUCUGGGAGAUGGUCUGGCAGGAGAACACGCGCGUCAUCGUCAUGACGACCAAGGAGGUGGAGCGCGGCAAGAACAAGUGCGUCCGCUACUGGCCGGAGGAGGGGCAGAGCAAGGACUUCGGGCGCGUGCGCGUCCGCAACCUGUCGGAGUCGUCGACGGCCGACUACACGCUGCGCGAGUUCGCCGUGUCGCUCGGCGACGAGCGUAAAGUGUACCACUACCACUUCCAGGCGUGGCCGGACCACGGCGUGCCGUCGGACCCGGGCUGCGUGCUCAACUUCCUGCACGACGUGAACGCCCGGCAGGAGAGCUGCGGCCCGAGCGCGGGGCCCGUCCUCGUCCACUGCAGCGCCGGCAUCGGCCGCACCGGCACCUUCAUCGUCAUCGACAUCGUCCUCGACCAGAUCAAGCGACGAGGGCUGGACUGCGAGAUCGACAUCCAGCGGACGAUCCAGAUGGUGCGGGCGCAGCGCUCCGGCAUGGUGCAGACGGAGGCGCAGUACAAGUUCGUCUACCUGGCCGUGCAGCACUACAUCGAGACGGUGCGCCAGCGCGCCCAGGCCGAGCAGAAGAGCCUCCAGCUGGGCCGCGAGUACACCAACAUCCGCUACUCGAGCGACGAGCUGCCGUCGCCGUCACCCGUGCUGCCGCUGCCGCCGCCUCGACGGUCUCCCGUCCGUUUGCCACAGCCGCCCGACGACUUCCCGCGCCAGAUCUACGAGAACGUCGCGGUCAAGGACCGCAAGCUGUCGGCGGCGUCGCUGGGGCCGUCCUCGACGCACCACAUCGGGCCGCCGCCGCCGAGCUUCGCCCCUCCGCCCCCGCCGCCUCCGCGCAAGACGUGACACCGCCGGCAGCAGCAGCAGCAGCGGGAGGGGCGCCACGCCGCGCCGCCCCCGCGGAUCGCCGUCCCGGCGGGCGACCUCGCGCCCCUACUGGCGGCCCCGACGCCGCCCCCACUGUCCCCGCCCGAGGACUGGAGGCUCUGAGGGGGCGGCGCGCCGCCUCCGGCUGGCGUGUGUUCGGACGGGUGCGUCCGCGACGUCCUCUGUGUACAGACUCCGCACUGGACACUGUGACGGGGUGCUCCCCACGUGCAGUGCGAACGUUCUAGUGAGUGCAGUUUGCGACAGAGGUCCGGACCUGAUGUCGUACGUUAAGGAUCGACCAGGAUACGAGACUGAAGUGUAAAUCUUUUUUUUUUUUUUACAAGUGGCUGUUGUCACCAUUUUGUUGCAACACGUAUUCUUACUCACCAGUGGAAGAACACACACACACGAGUGUGGUACGUCUUUUAUAUGAACUCCUUACUUGUAGCACUCGACCACAAAAAUUAUCGAAUGUGUGGUGACAGUGCAGAAUAUUAACAGGUCGAGGCUCAAACGCGGCACUUCCCGCUUGUGGCGAGCAGUUUGUCUGACCGCCGAGUACGCCUCCGGGCUCCGUCGAAACUCUCGUGUCUGAGCAGUUGGCAGUUACCGUUUCGUGUUAUAGCUCCUUCUCUGACCUCUAUCCCAGCUGAUCCGGUUUUAGUUUCAUUGCAUUACAUCCGUUGUGCGUAAGUUGUUGCCCACUUUGCAGCAGUGAGCAUCAUCUUCUGGCCGUACACGAGGAACUGAACUGUUGUGAAACCUACUCCUGUCUGUGGCUCUCGUGUAAAAUUUGAAUGUGGAAAUUUGUACUUUUGAAACGCAUUAUUUGCGCCCAUCCCCCCCCCCCCCCUCUCCACUCCUCUCGAGUGAGGAAGAUUUUAUAUGUCGAAUGCUGUAAUUGAUGUGCGUAUGAAACUUUAAUAAUUGCCCGUACAAGCCCAGUACGAGGGAUAACAUUGAAAAGAAAUGACCUGUGUUUAUAAGGUUUCAGCACGUUUAAGUUUCCAGAAUAAUUUGCCCUCAAUUUGUGAGACAUAUUUCUUAACCGACAACAUUUUUUUUUUUGUUUUUUUUUGUUUAUACCUCUGUCAAUUUUCAUCUCAUUUCCAACCGUAUCAAACCUCUAAUUACAAUGAAUAACUGACACCCGAGUUCCAUUCUCGUAAGAACCGGCUGCUCGAUUUGACAGUCGUCAGCAGAUGGCCAUUUUGAUGUCGUUGUCAUUGUAGUGUGAUUUCGCACCUACAUUGUAUACUGUGAGCCUCCCAUAUUUUUUUUACCUGUGCAGACAACAUCCAUUACUUACAUUAGUGUAUCACUCGAGAAAAUGCAGUGCUAUGUGGUAGUGCACCUCAUUCGUCACUUUCAGUGCCCUGCGCUAACAUAACGUAGACUGCUGUGAAGCUUCUGUAGGAAUUCAAUAAAGAAUUCUCCUCAGAGCUGGAUGUAUCUCCUCGGAUACGGACGGAACUGCAAAGCGUCUGUUUUCUUUUCACUUGUGACAGAUGGUCUCUCACUUUGCACUUAGAUGCAAAUAUUAGUAUGUUCGAAUCAAUUUUCUCAGUUUUCAAUCACUGACAGUGUUUUUUUCCAUAAACUUCACUGACUUAUCAUUGAAUUUUGACUGCUUUCACAAAUUGGGACUGUUUUUGUGCCUCUUCUGCACAGAAAUGAAUGAAUGAAUGAAUGAAUAAAUGACUUCAGACACUAUGAGACUUUCAGCAGUUAACUGAGACAUUUUAAAUAAGCACAGACAAAUGCUUCUGUUAAAGCGUUUGUGGCCGGCUGAAGUGUCUACAUUUGAAAAUGUUACAUACUUAAAAUAUACACCUCAUACAUAGGCCCUUUCAUACUUUUGAGUCGGUACGUGAUUUUUUAAUUAUAUACCUGUACUGGAAAUGUGUUGACUGAAACCUACUUCACAGACCACCAAAAUGACUGUGACAGGCUUCUCCAUAGACUGGUAAAUUCUCCGCACACUACACAAAAUUAAAUGUUUCACACAGAUGUCGUGGACGAAAUCGUUCCGCACAUUAUAUUUUAAGUCGCUACCAAUUUUUGGCAACACUCGAGGCAGAAGUUUCCACUGCGAGUACUUACACUCGGUCUCUCGAGUAUCGUAGUAUCGAGGAGAAUACGCUGUCCUCCGCUUCCUCGUACUGCCGACAGGAGAUAUGUGGAUCGGUUCGAGUGAGAUGUAGUGUGUGAAGAGAGGGAGUGUACGGGGGUCGGUGAGAACAAGGGCACACUUCAGAUCUCACAGCUCAGACGGACAGUUUGCACGAGCCCCGUUCUCGCUCGUCCCUUCUCUCUCUCUUCCGCGUGUUCUUCUCUGUCUUCUAAAACUGCCUCUACCGUACGCGACACGAACGUAACGGGUUUGCCGAGAGACGUCAAACUGCAGGGAGAAAAAGUGUUUUGAGAUCGGGUGUGUUAGCUUUCUCACACGUCGAGUGCCGAGCAGUUUCGAGAUGCCUAAUAUUGUCAGACUGGACAGUGGAAGUGGAAUUUUUUUCUUUUUUAGGAAAAAGGAUGGCUGUGACAUUUUGCUGUGGACAAACAGGUUUGUGAGAGACAAAGAUGCUAUUUAUUGUGAACGCACAGGGACAACAGAGAACCGUUCGUGCCUCGGGAGAGAUUACGUCUGAUUGUCACGAUGUUACGUUGCAACUUUUUGUUUAUCGUUUAUUCGUGUUAUCUGCCACAGGGACGAGAGAUCGUACCCGAUCUGUUUUGUUCGUCACAGGUGAGUAGAACGAGAGAAAAGAGAAGCGGUCGCAUACCUCUCUCUGUUUGUGCGAAUAUUCUCUGUACUUUCCCAGCACGUUCCGUGUGGGAGGCACGACAGACGGAGAUUUAGCAAAAAUCCUUUUCGGGCAGAUGGCCACACCACGGUGUCAUAGCGGCCUUCCCCGACCCCCUGCUGCGCCCCGGUCUCCCCCUCCCGUAUCCACCCCUCUACUUUGCAGGGUACCUUACAGACUGGCCCUCUCAGAUUUUCUUCAAACUCGUACAACUUUGGACAUCACCUCACUUAAGCAGUACAGCACAAUUCUCAAAAACACUUCAGAUAAAUGACUUUGAAGUUUUCAGAGUCAAUUAAGUGGAAAACAUUUCACCUUCCCUGACGGAAUUGCCUGUAGCUCUGCACGUAGUUUUUCUAGUUUCCCUAUCACGAGGUCGUCGGUUUGAUCGCCACGUGAGUCGAAACUUUUUAUUUUUGUUUGACUUCGAUAUUUAUUAAGGUGUAUAUUGGAAUGUGUCCGCCCUCGUGGUCUCGCGGUAGCGUUCUCACUUCCCGAGCACGGGGUCCCGGGUUCAAUUCCCGGUGGGGUCAGGGAUUUUUCCUGCCUCGAGAUGACUGGGUGUUGUGUCGUCUUCAUCAUCAUCGUUCAUCCCCAUUACGGUCGGAGGAAGGCAACGCCAAACCACCUCCAUUAGGACAUUGCCUAGUAAGGCGGUGCGGGUCUCCCGCAUCGUUCCCCUACGCUCUGUAAAGAAGCGUGGGACUUCAUUUCAUGUUGGAAUGUAAAAGAUUUCUGUCAAGUAUCUUUCAUAAAAGUCAGAGUGUGAUCCUCGCUUUUGUGAGUGACUUGUAAAAGUCCUUUGAUAGUGUAAUACGGUCAUAAUAAAUGUAGCUGUUAAUUAAUAAUUAUUGACGUACAUCCUAUUUUGUGGAUAAAAUUAUUGGUAACGCAUUAAAAUUUUGUACAAGAGUCGGAAACAUAAACUAGAAAUUAUAAUACUUUCUGAUUUCUAGACGUUAUAGAUAAACAAAAACGAUAAUCGAAACAAAAAUAUGUUAUUAAAAAUAUUUAUUUUAGUACUCCUUUUUUCAAACAACUAGUAAUUAAAAAUAUGUCACUUUCAUUAAAACAUUACAGUUACCUCAUUAUAUGUUAAUUAACGUGUCAGUUUGAUGAUAAAUGCAAUCGGGAGAAGAGGAACAAAAAAAAUCUUCCCACGGCAGGAACGAACCGGCUAUCUCGUGAUUGUAACACUAGGACAACUGCCACACACCCGGCUACGGGCAAUGCCUCCGAGUUUGUGGAAAUUUUUGUACUUCGCGACACUCGGAAUAAUCGAAUUCGAAACCUCGGCAGCUCCUAGUAUUUUGGGAAAUUGCGCCGUUCCGCUUUAGGAACUCGCACCCGUGCAGUGACUUUUUAAGAGUACGCUGAAAAUAGUCCGUAAGGGCCCCUCGCCAGAGUAGAACUCUUACCCGUGUCGUCAAUUGUCGGUCGAAUACUUUCCAGUCUCCGCUUCCCUUACAGCUUUUGCCCUCUACAGAUCCCUCUACGGAUCCCCGACGUCCGACACGCGUCCCGUCGUCCCGUCCCUUCCCGCCGCCGUUUUCCACACGUUUCCUCGUCGACUCUGCAGAGAGCCUCCACAUUUCUCACAGUGUCGGUCGAUUCGAUUUACGGCCGUCUCGUCCCGAGCCGCUCGGACCUCACCUGUGGCGACAGUGCAGAGUCGGGUACGACCCCCCCUCUCCUGUCGUGUGGCGCCUGCCUACGGCACGCGGCCGACGUCCUCACGGCACUGCCCGAGCAGUGCGUGUGCUGUCAGCCGGCUGCGCUUUUUUUGUGCUUAAUAAAUAAAGCUGUGGAAACUAAA